AUGCUAUCGCAAGACGUCGUUGAAAGAGCCCUGAUCAAAGCCCAACAAAGUGCAUCGCACAGCUGGGAAUACAGCACAGUGUUUGAGGCUCUACUUGAAUAUCACAACCCACAGCUCAGCGUCUUCCAUCACGACCCGUUUCCGCAUGGUCAAGUGCCGCGAGUGUCGAUCGAAGAAGUGGAAGCAUUGCGAUAUGUAAGACUGCACAUCCGGACCGAUACUGCAGGGCUGAGUGAUGGCAAUGGGUCUUCGGCCGACCCCACAUCUCUCUGUGUUGCCGCACACCUCUUCUCCCGCAGCCCUUCGCUGCCAGAGCAAGCCCGCGCUGCAUACCACAGAGCUCUAUCCCAGCAGCUUCUUUCUCUACUCACCCGCUCCCCGCGUUUCCCCAAUGGCGCCAUAUCUCAUCGCGACGCGUACCCCUCGCUAUGGGCCGAUUCCAUAUACAUGGUUCCGCCCAUACUUGCCUAUCAUGGCGUGAGCACAUGUGACAUCGGCAUGGCCAAGGAGAGCGUCCGCCAAUGCCAAUUGUACUGCGAGGUGCUAGUUAUGCCAAGCGGUCUAUGGCGACACAUUGCCAAUGAAGAGACGUCAGCAAAGCAUUUUGAUGCCAAGACUGACGAUGGUGCAUGGUGCACCAGCAAUGCGUGGGCAGCGGCGGGAAUGGCGCGUGUGCUUGCUACACUUCGAAGCAGCCAAUUCGCUGCCGAGACAGCGACUGAGCAGGGUUCUUUGCUCGACAUGACAAAAGCCAUCCUAGAUGCAGCAAUCCAGGCAGACAGUCAUUCCUCGGGUCUCUUGCGCAACUACCUCGACGAUGACUCGUGGUUUGGAGACGUAGCUGGUACCGCACUGAUGGCCUCGGCGGCCUUUCGAAUGGCUGUUCUGAACGCAAAUAUCUUUGGCGAAAAACACACUGCCUGGGCGACUGCAAAGAUGCACACCGUUGCACGCCAUGUCGAUCCGGAAACAGGCAUUGCCGCCCCGGUAGUGAAUUCUCUGAAAGAGCGCCAGCCCACGCCUUUGCACGGCAUCAACCCCGAAGCCCAAGCCUUUGUCGUCUUGCUCUACACUGCAUACCGCGACUGGAAAGUAGCCGUGGAAAGUAUUUCCGCCUAG